AUGCCUCUACCCGGCACGCAGAUCUUCAGCGCUGGCGGCAUGCUGGCGGUGGCUGUCGCGGCCAUUGCCUACGGCAUCGAACCCGCCAACGUAGAUGCCUGCAUAGCUCUCAUGUACCCGCAGAGCGCUGGUUUCUUUGGUGCCAUGGGUGCGGCCUGUGCCCUCGUCUUUGCCAACCUGGGCUCUGCCUACGGCGCGGCCAAGUCCGGCGUCGGCGUCGCCUACCUCGGCCUCACUGCCCCUGAGAAGAUUAUGCGCGGCAUUGUACCGGUCGUCAUGGCCGGUAUCCUGGGCAUCUAUGGCCUUAUCAUUGCCGUCAUCAUCAACAACAACAUCCACACGGAAGACACAAGCUACUCCUCCUACGCGGGCUACCUGCACCUCGGCGCAGGUCUCGCGGCGGGGCUCGCGGCGCUUGGCGCAGGUCUCUCCAUCGGCGUCGUCGGGGACACUGCCGCUCGGGCGUAUGGUAAGCAGGACCAGAUUUUCGUAGCGAUGGUGCUAAUGCUGAUCUUUUCAGAGGCACUGGGCUUAUACGGGCUCAUCAUUGCGUUGCUGAUGAACAACCAGGCGAACCGCUACACCGAUCUCUGCAGUGUUGCUUAG